AAACCCAAGAAGCAGCAGCGACCAUCGUCCUAUAUAAGCCGCUCGGCCCACCAUCUCCCAGUCUGGGUUUAUCCGUCAGCUAAUCCGCAAGAAUGUUUAUUAAAAUUGUUUUAUUUGCGGCGCUGCUGGCGCUGUGUUGCGCCGUCGAAUUCCAAAUUCUGAACAGAGAAAUCGGCGAUAUUUGGGUCGGAAUCCAGGGCAAUCCCGGACACGCUCAUCUGAAUAGUGGCGGCUUCGUCCUGCGCCCGGGACAGAGGGUCUCAGUACACUCCUCUGCCAAUUGGGCCGGUCGCUUCUGGGCCAGGACCUGGUGCAACCCCAACACCAGACACUGCGACACCGGGGAUUGUGGGAACAAGUUGGAGUGCAACGGAGCAGGCGGGGUGCCUCCGGCGUCGCUGGCGGAAAUCACCCUCAAAGGGCACGGAGGGCUCGACUACUACGACGUUUCGCUCGUGGAUGGGUUCAACAUCAUGGUCGCCAUCGAACCUCUAGGUGCUAGAGGUGACGGAAGUCGCUACAGCUGCACGAAAUCUGCUUGUCAAGUUCGACUCAACGAUGUCUGUCCUGAUAGGUUGAAAGUCAGGAAUUCUCAGGCCGUUAUUGCUUGUAAUUCCGCUUGUAAUGCUUUUAAUACUGAUCAGUAUUGUUGUCGUGGGGCUUAUGGUACUCCCGAGACGUGCAAGUCUUCGACGUGGCCUGAGAAUUACCCCAAGUUCUUCAAGGAUCGGUGUCCGGAUGCCUACAGCUACGCGUAUGACGAUCACAAGAGUACUUUUACUUGUAAAGCUAAUGCUUAUUUGGUCACGUUUGGAGGUUAAAUGAAAUAGACUGGAUGUUUUCUUGCUUGUAGAAACGUACUGAAUACUUUUGUAUUUUUUUUACGAAGUUUCAAUAUAUAGAUUAAUAGCAAA